CAUCCUCUCUGGUAGCCACUGGGCAUUCUCUCUGGUAGCCACUGGGCAUCAGCCGAAUAUCUGGGCUUUGUGGGGGCAGCGGUGGGAAGCCCAAGACUGGAUGAAUAUGAUGUGAAGGCAAGACAGGUUCCUCCUAUGCCAGGGGCAGCCAUGCCAAAGCCAUUGAAUGUGGAGAGAAAUCUAUAAGAAUAAAGAGGAAUCCCAUCAGCAUGGCCCAGAGUAAGCGGCACACCUACAGCCGGACCCCGAGCUCCAGCGCCAGAAUGAGUGUGGAGGCCACGGGCAAGCCUCUGAAAGUGGGCUCCCGAGUGGAGGUGAUCGGCAAAGGAUACCGGGGGACGGUGGCUUAUGUGGGGGCCACUCUCUUCGCCACAGGCAAAUGGGUGGGAGUCAUUCUGGACGACUCAAAGGGAAAGAACGAUGGCACCGUGCAGGGGAGGAGAUACUUCACGUGUGAGGAGAAUCAUGGGAUAUUUGUGCGGCAGUCCCAGAUCCAGGUUAUAGAGGAUGGAGCCGACACCACAUCCCCCGAAACCCCAGAGCCGACUGCUUCUAAGGGUCUCAAAAAAGACGUGAUGGAAACACCAAAGAGCAGCAAACUGCGCGGUGUGAAACCCAAGAAGGCGCCCACCACCCGCAAGAUCACCACCCGGCGCACCAAGCCCACCCGGCCCUCCAGUUCAGCCGCAUCAAGUGGAACAGCGUCGGCAUCAUGUGGGGAGAUCAGCAGCAGCGAGCCCAGUACCCCUGCCCAAACUCCACUGGCUGCCCCCAUUAUCCCUUCACCCUCCUCCGCUAUCACUUCACCAGUAGCCCCUCUGCCUGGCCCAGGCCCCUCCAAGGAGGAGGAGAAUCUCCGGGCUCAGGUUAAAGACCUGGAAGAGAAGCUGGAGACGUUGAAGAUGAAGAGAGCAGAAGACAAGGCUAAACUGAAGGAGAUGGAGAAGUCGAAGCUUCAGCUGGAGCAGGUGCAGGAGUGGAAGAGUAAAAUGCAGGAGCAGCAGGCGGACAUCCAACGGCAGCUCAAAGAGGCCAAGAAGGAAGCCAAAGAAGCUCUAGAAGCCAAAGAGCGCUACAUGGAGGAGAUGGCAGACACUGCUGAUGCCAUAGAGAUGGCCACCCUGGAUAAGGAGAUGGCUGAAGAGAGGGCAGAGUCUCUGCAGCAGGAGGUGGACACCUUAAAAGAUAAGGUGGAAGAACACAAAAUAGAUCUGGAAAUCCUCAAGCAUGAGAUUGAGGAAAAAGGGUCAGAUGGAGCCGCUUCCAGUUAUCAGGUGAAACAGCUGGAGGAACAGAAUGCAAGACUGAAGGAAGCCCUGGUCCGGAUGCGGGAUCUGUCAGCCUCCGAGAAACAGGAGCACAUCAAGGUGCAGAAGCAGAUGGAAAAGAAGAAUACAGAACUGGACACCCUGCGACAGCAGAAGGAGAAGCUGCAGGAGGAGGCCUCACACAUGGAGAAGACCAUUGAUGAGCUUAAGGAACAGGUUGAUGCAGCUCUGGGAGCUGAAGAAAUGGUGGAGACCCUGGCAGAACGAAACUUGGAUCUUGAGGAGAAAGUCCGGGAACUAAGAGAAACCGUCAGCGAUCUGGAAGCCAUCAAUGAGAUGAAUGAUGAGCUGCAGGAGAAUGCCCGCGAGACAGAACUGGAGCUCCGAGAGCAGCUGGACAUGGCCGGCGCCCGGGUGCGAGAAGCAGAAAAACGCGUGGAGGCUGCACAGGAGACGGUUGCCGACUAUCAGCAGACUAUCAAGAAGUACCGGGAUCUGACUGCCCACUUGCAGGAAGUGAACAGUGAGCUCAGGAACCAGCAAGAGGCUUCAGUGGAGAAGGAGCAGCAGCCGUCUCCAGAAAUGUUUGACUUCAAGAUCAAGUUUGCAGAGACCAAGGCCCACGCAAAGGCCAUUGAGAUGGAGCUGAGAAAGAUGGAGGUUACUCAGGCCAAUCGGCACGUGUCCCUGCUAACAUCCUUCAUGCCGGACAGUUUCCUGCGACACGGAGGAGACCACGACUGCAUUCUGGUGCUUCUGCUGAUCCCUAGACUCAUCUGCAAGGCGGAGCUGAUCAGUAAACAGGCGCAGGAGAAGUUUGAGUUGUCGGAGGUCGGUGAGCAGAAGAGCGGCAUGAGAGGAGCAGUAGGAGAGCAGAUGAGCUUUGCAGCUGGAUUGGUCUAUUCCCUGACCCUCCUGCAGGCCACGCUACACAAAUAUGAGCAGGCUCUGGAUAAGUGCAGUGUAGAAGUGUAUAAGAAGGUCGGGAUGCUGUACCCCGAGAUGAGUGUCCAUGAACGCUCGUUGGACUUCCUCAUUGAGCUGCUGCACAAAGACCAACUGGAUGAGACUGUCAAUGUGGAACCUCUCACCAAGGCCAUUAAGUACUAUCAGCACCUGUACAGUAUCCACCUCGCUGACCAAGCAGAGGAAUGCACAAUGCAACUGUCAGACCACAUCAAGUUCACCCAGAGUGCCCUGGACUGUAUGGGAGUAGAAGUGAGCCGGCUGCGAGCCUUCCUGCAUGCUGGGCAGGAGAGCUCGGACUUUGCCAUCCUUCUGAAGGAUCUGGAGACCUCGUGCAGCGAUAUCCGCCAGUUCUGCAAGAAGAUCAGACGGCGAAUGCCUGGCACCGAGGCAGCUGGAAUCCCUGCAGCUCUCGGCUUUGGACAGCAGGUCUGUGAGACAUUGCUGGAUUGUCGCAAGUAUCUCAAGUGUGUGGUGGCCGUGUUCCAGGAAGUGGCGGCUGCAGGAGCUCAGAUGAUCGCUCCUAUGGGAGAAAAUGAGGGCUUGCAAGCUUUGAAACUGGAAGAUGUGGCCUUUAAAGCUACUGAACAGAUCUAUGGCACAAAGGGGAGCAAUCCAUACGAGUGCCUCCGACAGUCUUGCAGUGUUGUUAUUGCCACCAUGAAUAAGAUGGCAACUGCCAUGCAGGAAGGGGAAUAUGAUGCAGAGAAGCCUCAAAGCAAGUCACCCCCUCCAGUGGAACAGAGAGCAGCGGCGCUUCGGGCGGAGAUAACAGAUGCAGAAGGUCUUGGCCUAAAGUUGGAGGAUAGAGAAACUGUCAUUAAGGAACUGAAAAAAUCUUUAAAAAUAAAAGGAGAGGAGCUAAGCGAGGCCAACGUGCGGCUCAGCCUACUGGAGAAGAAGUUGGACAGUGCCUCCAAAGAGGCUGAUGAUCGGGUGGAGAAGAUCCAGACUAAAUUGGAGGAGACUCAGACUGUGCUGAAGAAGAAAGAGAAAGAGUUUGAAGAGACAAUGGACGCUCUUCAGGCCGACAUCGACCAGCUGGAAUCUGAGAAAGCUGAGCUCCGCCAAAGGCUCAACAACCAAUCCAAACGCACUAUCGAGGGCCUGCGCGGGGUCCCGGCUUCUGGUGUGGCUUCUAUUGUAUCUGGACUUGCAGGAGAGGAAGAGCAGCGAGGGGUAUCAUCUGGCCAAUCACUGAUAAAUGGUUCUGGCCCAGUCCAAGUGAAGGAUUCUCCUCUGCUGCUGCAGCAAAUUGAUGCCUUGAGACUUUCAAUGAAGCACCUGAAGCACGAGAACAACAAGUUAAAGGCUCAUCAGAUAAAGACGGAUCUGUCCUCCUUGCCAGCGUUGCAUGUCCCCAAACUCACUCUCCCCAAGGACCGGCAGAAAGAAGAGGCAAUGUCAGGAACCCUGUAUCGCAAGACCAGCCAACUGCUCGAUGCUCUGCAGCAAAUGAGCGCCAACGCUAAGGUGGUGGAUAUCACACACAAGAAAGCAGGAAAUCCUGCAGCGCAGCUCCUGGAGCAAACAGCUCGACUGAAGUCUCUGAGUGACACCAUUGACAAGCUGAAGAAUGAAGUUAUGAAGGAGACGGUGUCACAGUGUCCCGGGGCAAACGUUCCCACAGAUUUUGCCACCUUCCCCUCCACCGACUUUAUAAAGGCAAAGGAAGAGAAGAAAGAAGACACCGUUUACAUUGGUAAAGUGACCCUUUCUUGCCAGCCGGGACAGGGGCAGAUCCACAAGCUUGUGCUGACCCCCGAACAACUGCACGAGCUGCAUGAACGACUGAUCUGCUAGGACCCCCUGAUCAGCGUGUGAGGCCGGCUUGGCUCUGCGGCUAUUCCCACUAAGCAUGAUGAGCAGUAUGGAGCUUGGCUGACCUCCCAUGAGCCCGAGGGGCUGAACGAACUCUGGGCAAAAACAUCACGUUUUCAAGUGUCACGUGGGAUAACAAUGGCCACACAACGUACAUCUCUCUGACUUCCUGGCGCCCCUCUCUAUUCAUAUUUACUGUCUGUCACUGACAUGAAACACUUGUGCAGAAUAGUCUGCUGAUGCUGAACAAAUCCCAGGCAGGGGCAGAUCAUCUCCAGAGCCUCCUUCUCCCUCAUGUGUCUCCACUGCCGCCUUUUGAUUGACACGAAGAUGUGAUGCAGCAGUGGACAGACUUUGAUUGGAUUAUGAUGAUGUUAGUGUAUUGGCAGCAUGAUGAUUAAGGUUCAUCAGUGCAGAUCCAACAUAAGAAACCGCUUUAUAUUCGCUUCUUCCCUGAUUAUUCUCCUUCUAUUUCAUGUUGGCAUCGUGGGUGGUAGUCCGUGCGGAAUGCCGUAUGCAGUCCAUAUAGAUAAUUGCACUAAUACAUGCGCUUACUUAUUCAGUACAAUCACUUAUACCAUUAAGUUAAUCACCCGGUUCUCUCGGUUCUGAUUCUGUCCUAAACGAGUCGUCAUGGCGUAUUUAUAUAUAUAUAUAUGUAAUUGCUGGUGUUCAAGUGCCUGUGAGGAAGGGAUUAAAGGUCUUCAGUGUUAGUAGGUGAGCUCUGCGAGAAUCUCAUGAAGACGGAGAGAUGUACUGCCCCACACAAUUACUAAUAAUGUCAUAUUAUAUAAAUAACUACUUGUAUCAAUGCUCAUUCCUUACAGAGAAGCCUUGAUUCCUACCUGUGACUAUUCUAAAAUGCCUUGUGUAGGAGGGAAAGUAAAAUAUCUAUAGGCAAGUGAUUUAUUACAGGUAACUGAAUAAACAUAACUGUCUCA